AUGUUCGCCGUGCCGAUAGAGGAAUUCAGAAAGAUAAGGGAAAAUAGGCGUAAGCUGGCAACAUCGACCAAGUCAUCAACACCACCACCACCACCGAGUCUCGACAAUGUCUCGACGGAUAUAGAGCUUCAGCUUCCCGCUCCUGCGAUUAUAGAUGAUGCCCAGGGGCCCGACGCUCACAAGCCAUUGAUCAACCCCCGUCUUAUAUCCGACGCUACAAUCGGUCUCUCAGACGGCCUCACUGUCCCCUUUGCUCUCACAGCAGGACUUACCGCGCUAGGAGACACCCGCACAGUCAUCUAUGGUGGUCUGGCAGAACUGAUAGCAGGCGCCAUCUCAAUGGGACUAGGAGGUUAUCUUGGAGCAAGGGGAGAAUUGGCAGCAUACGAAGAGUCACACUCUAGGCUGAUGACGCUCCUGCAAGAACCUGGGCCGCCUACCAAGUCCGCCAUCACCGCCGGCCAAGACGCUGUCAUUGAGGCGUUGCAGCAAGCCUUGUUUCCUCUGCAGGUACACAGACUGGACCUGAAACACCAGCUUAUCGAGGGCGAGAGUGAAGAAUGGGUGGGGUUACUGUUGAGGUUACAAGGCAUUUCCCUUCCUUCAACAUGUACCGACGACGACUGUACGAAAAGCCAUGACCAAAAGGCCGAGGAGAAACGGAGGAGAAGGAGACAGAGAGAUGACAGCAGGACGAGAGCAAUGCAAUCGGCCGUCACAAUAGCGGCCGGGUAUUUCCUCGGUGGGCUCCUACCGCUUAUACCGUACUUUUUCGUGGCAGGACAUAUCGGAAAGUUGAUGACGGGGCUGUACAUCUCGAUCGGAGUCAUGGGGGUAGCGUUGUUCACGUUUGGCUAUGUCAAGACGGCUGUGGUGGUUGGGUUUGGAAGGCAGCACGCAAAGAAGAGUGUGCUAGGGGGUGUGCAGAUGGUGAUUGUAGGGGGGAUGGCGGCCGGGGCUGCUAUGGGUUUAGUUAAAGUGUUUGAAGGGGUUGGGACGUUUGGGUCAUGA